AUAACCAGAGAGAGAGAUCCAUAGAAACUGGGAGAGAUAGAAGAGGAAGUGUUGAAGGAGAGAGAUGGAGUGGAACCGUGGUUUUGGUCGGGUUAAGGAAGAAAGAAAGAGCUCGAGCUUCUUCAAGAUAUUUCACAGUGCAGAUUUAUCAUCUGAAUCCAUGAGAGGGAUUCCUUACGACUUCAUGAAGAACGUCUCUAAGGAAGACUUCUCCUGCAAGAUGGUGAUAAGAACAAAAUGGGGAAGGUCAUGGGAAGUAGACAUCUCCAUGAACCCUAGGUUCUACUACAUGGAGAAGUCCGGAUGGAACCAGUUUGUGAGCGACAAUGCUUUGGGAUCAAACGAGUUUGUGACCUUCACUCACAGCGGUUUAAUGUGCUUCAAUGUUAACAUCUAUAGGGAGAGUGGCAAGGAGAUUGUUUUACCCCACGCAACGACUCCAUUUAGUGGGAUCAAGAAUGAAGAAGGUGAGAGAAGCUACAAAGAUGUCAAGAAGGAAGAUGAGUCCAUGGGAGGAGUUGGUCAUGUGGAGAUUGGUGAAUCAUCGAGAGGAGCUGCGCUUAGAAAGAAGAAAGCUGAGAAGCACAAGAGGAGAAAGAAAGUGAAGUAUGGUGUUCCAAGAUUCAAAAUCACCAUAACCAAAUCAUACCUCAAGUCACUGCCAAUCCCAACGUUUUUUGAUAAGUACCUCAAGAGUGAGUCUAAGGUGUACAAGAUACAUCACUCGGAAGGAGAUGGUUCAUGGGAGGUGCUUUCCUUGGUUCAUCAGGCUCAUAUAGUGUUAUCACGUGGAUGGAUUAAACUGGCACGAGAGUACCCGUUAGCAGUUGGUGACAGGUGUACAUUCCACCUCGUUAAACCUACUGAGUUUGUCCUCACCUCCAAAAAGGCCAAGGCCAUAGAGAUCUCUAUCAGCGAUUGAUGAAUGAAUGUUUUACCGUCUUUGCAGCUUUCUUAUAUCUAUGGAGACAAUAUGAUCAUAUUAUGUGUUGUGUUUGUAUUUUUUACAUUCCCAGACUGCAAGUUGCUUUUAUCUGCU